AUCUCUUUUGAAAACAAAUAUGGCGAACAAGACUGUAUUUGCUGAUCGAUCGAAGCAGAUCGAGGUUAUCGUUUCUUGCCGCGGAAACAGUUAUCAGUUACAAUACUUUAUCGAAUGUCUUAUCAAAAUGUGCAAAGUGCGACAUGAUGAUGAGCGAACGCAUGUUCACGAGAUAUAACUCUACUAUGACAAAAUUAUGAGUACAUUUAAGUGGACUCGACGACAGAAGCGAAAAUGGCAAGGAUACAGUGGUCUUUGACGAAGGCGCCAAGUGUUCUUCGGGUUAGUUUAAAACAAAGGUGGUGGCGGCUUCAAAUCGUUUUUAAAUCGCUGUUCUACAAUGACUUUUUGAAUUGGAGCUACACAUGUGAUAUACUUAUGGAACCCAUGUUCUGGUUUGUCGAGAACUUUACUUCCUUUUUGGGUCCAGUUUUCGUUGUAAUGGUGAGUCUGCUGACUGUCAGUAUCGUAUGCAUCGCAUAUUAUGUGGGCCUACCUUGGUGGUGGGAACGAAGUCCACUGAUGACGAUAAUUUUAUUGCUAAUUGGAAACUGGCUACUGGUUAAUGUUUGCUUUCAUUAUUAUAUGGGCGUGACUGUGCCAGCUGGCAAUCCACCACAGGGUGGUCUUAUCCCAGAGGCUGUAAGCAUUUGCAAGAAGUGCAUCAAGCCAAAACCACCCAGAACACAUCAUUGCUCUGUUUGUAACAAGUGUAUCCUCAAAAUGGAUCAUCAUUGUCCAUGGUUAAACAAUUGCGUUGGCCAUUAUAAUCAUCGGCAUUUCUUCCUGUAUAUGGUUUACACCGUAGUUGGUGUUACAUUCAUUAUGAUAUUCGGUGUACGACUCGCCUAUGAGGAAUUCUAUCCUGAUCAGGAACCAGAAUUGGAUGGCCAUCCAGUACGUCUCAAUAAUUCAGAAAUAAUUCCAUUGACAGAAUCGUUGGAGCACUUGAGCAAGGAGGAGUUGGCAGAAAUAGCAAGACAAGUGGCAGAAACUGAAGCCAAAGAAUGGCGAAAAAGACUGAUAAUUUUCGCGGGUCUAAUCUGUGUCGCCACAUUUGCAGCGCUGGGUGCCCUAGCUUGGUGGCACGCAGGUCUCAUUAGUCGAGGAGAGACUAGCAUUGAGGCACAUAUCAAUAGCGCAGAAUCGAAGAAAUAUCGAGCUCAGAAUAAGUUCUAUCAGAAUCCUUACGACUUUGGACCAAAAGAGAAUUGGAGAUUGUUCUUAGGAACAAAAACUAGGAGCUGGUGGCAUAUUUUAUUCCCAUCAAUUUAUGGUCCUUACGGCGAUGGACUUACUUGGCGAACUAUUCACGAUAGCAAAAUUUCUUAAUUUCUUUUCAAAUUUUUGAGAUUCCGUAUAACAUUCAUGUCUUCUUGCAAAUUCUCUAUUCAUAUAUUUGAAUAUUCUAGUCAAAACUCCAGACUGUUUAAUUACAAUUCAAUUGAAAAGUUAUCGAAGUGGCAUAUAUAUAGUUAACUAUUUGCAAUAAUUUUCUCGAUAGACAAUAAUUGGAACAAGUCAGCUUUUUGAAAUUACAAAAUUAUUCUAACAUAGGAAAUUAACAUUACAUUUUCAAAAUAAUGAGUAGAGAAAAAUUUGCAAAUGCCACAAAUUCUUUAAUCUUUGAUUAAUUUGACUGGCUAAUUAUUUGAUAACUAACUGAUAACUAAGUUUAAUACUUGAUUUAUAGUAUUAUACAAUUUAAUAAAGAAUGUUUUUUAUAUCUUUCAUAAAA